AUGCCUUCGCUGGAGGAUCUCUAUAUGGGGGCUUCGAAUCGAGCUGGGCCGUACGGGCCUCGCAACGCCCCGCCUCCGCCCGUUGGGUCGCCGCCUGCUGCACCGCAACAUGCGGGUACAGGCGAGCAUAACCGUCAUCUACACCAGCGACGCGAGCGCGAACUCAGUCAGUCUGGGCGCCGUGCUCCUUCACCUUACUAUGAGGCCGCAAAUCAAGGCCGACAGCCGUCUCUGUCGCCCAACUACCACGACCCGAGGCCAGAGCAUCGCCGAUACCGCGAACCCUCCCCCAAGAGGAGCCGGAGUUCGACGUCGCCACGACAGUUGUACGAAAGUGAAGGUUCGCGACUGGCCCGCCAAUCGCCGUCAGUUCGUCUUGAUGUCGAAGAACGCUAUCAUAGCAAGCGGUCAUCAAGCCCCCGCUGGCGCUCACGCUCGCCACGCCGUGACAGCCACCACUAUCAGUACAAGGUCCACGACGAAUAUGAGGGGCACGAGCACAGCGGAGCGCGUAGCGAGUACGUCAAUCGCCGUAGGCAGCGUUCACUCACACCCGUCCCCGUGCGUGAGCGACGUAUUAGAAAUACCGACAUUCCCGAGACCGCAUAUCCCCUUCGCGCCUACACCAAUUACAUUGCCGAUAACCAUGCCGCUAAGCGUCGCAGCACAUCUCAGAACCAUCAUUUGCCUGUCUUUCGCAACGGCGACGGUAAGGUGAAUCCGUCGGCGUAUGGCUCUGUCUUGCAGUAUGACUUCGGCUUGUGCUACUGCACCUUCCGGACCAUGUACAUGUGCGAAAUGGGCACGAGAUGUCCGUGGAGACAUCAUCCACUAUCGGCGCGGGAAAAGGAGUGGGUCAAGGAGAUUGCCCGUGAGAAGGGAACGCACUUCAUCCAGGAGGCCGAGAAAUCUUGGGCUACUCCCGAGGUACCGGUCCCCGGACACAACAUGAUCGAGGUGAUGCAGCAGGAGCGAGAUGCAGAUCGACCACGUUGA